AUGGAGGCGACGACCACCUCUUUCUCCCUUCCUCAGUUGCUACGCCGCAAUCCUCUUCCUGACGUUCCCGAGGAUGUCGACAAUGACUACGUCAUGCAGCACCUCAACGAUCCCAACUGGGAUCUUAGCCAAACUUCCCCUACUGCUAGUGUCGACUCGUUCGAACUCGACGACAAGAGGAGCAAGGCAUUUUCGAGCGGGUCCUCGAUUCGCAGCACUGAGAUUGAUUCCGAGUCGCAAGUCGACUCGAGUUACAAGAGCACUUCGAGGGCGCAUCUGAGAGAAGUAGAAAUGGAGGAUUUCAAUGACGAGUCCCCCUAUGCAGAAGUCAGAGCCGCAGUCCCCAACGUGGACGACCCGACGAUGCCCGUCAAUACAUUCCGCAUGUGGUUUUUGGGAAUCAUAUUGUCAUGCGUCAUGGCUGGUGUAAACCAUUUCUUCGAGGAGAGAUAUCCAUCGGUCGUCAUCAGUCCUCUCGUAGUCCAGUUGAUAGCCCUUCCAUUAGGGAAGGGUAUGGAGUGGCUUCUCCCGACGACUCGCUUUAAGACGUUCGGAUGCACUUGGUCGUUCAAUCCUGGCCCCUUCAAUAUCAAGGAGCACACCGUUAUUACUGCGAUGGCUAGUGCGGUUUACUUGGACGUAUACGUGACAACUGUCUUCGCAACGCAGAAGGUGUUUUACAACCAGACACUCACCUUUGGCUACCAGAUUCUCCUUUCGCUAUCUACACAGCUGCUCGGCUAUGCCUUUGCCGGCCUAACACGCCAGUUCCUUGUCUGGCCGUCUAGUAUGAUCUGGCCAGGUGCCCUAGUUUCUUGCGCCCUCCUCAGUACACUGCACAAGAAUUUCAGUGUCAAGGAGAAGCGACAUAUCUCGCGUGAGCGGUUCUUCCUCUAUGUCCUGGUUGGCUCUUGCGCUUGGUAUUUCCUACCUGGUUAUCUGUUCACGGCGCUGAGCGUCUUCAACUGGGUUUGUUGGAUCGCACCGACGAACCCAACGGUCAAUGCUCUCUUUGGUUAUUCCACGGGCGUUGGGAUGGGUUUCUUGACCUUCGACUGGUCAAUGAUCUCGUGGAUUGGUAGCCCUCUCGUUACACCGUGGUGGGCUGAAGCGAAUAUCGGCGUGGCCUUCGUCUUCUUUUUUUGGAUUGUCACGCCUAUUGUUUUCUUCAAAAACUCUUUCUAUUCGCAAUAUAUGCCGAUUGCAUCUGACGGGUCGUACGACAACACGGGAAACAUGUACAAUGUGUCGAACAUCAUCACGAACGGCAUUUUCGACGAGGCCAAGUAUAUCCAAUAUUCGCCGAUGUUCAUUUCUGCCACCUUUGCGAUUUCGUAUGGCGUGCAAUUCGCCGCUAUCACAGCAGUCAUUGUACACACUUUCCUUUGGUACAGUAAAGACAUUUCUCGUCAAAUGCGUCGCGCCAUACAUGACGAACGCGACGUCCAUGCUCGCCUUAUGGCGGUGUACCCUGAAGUCCCUUGGUGGUGGUAUGCGAUCAUCGGUGUUAUCGCCUUCGUAUGCGGGGUCGUUGGCAUCGAGAUCUAUCCUACAGAGCUUCCUGUCUGGGCGAUGGUCAUGGCAAUCGUCAUCGCCUUGAUUUUCAUCAUUCCCGUGGGCAUGAUUCGUGCCAUCACUAACCAGAUGAUUGGUCUCAACGUCAUGUUCGAGUUCAUCGUUGGGUAUAUGCUCCCAGGGAAGCCGGUGGCGAUGAUGCUCUUCAAGACUUUCGGUUUCAUCACUGUCUCGCAAAGUCUCUCGUUGGCGAGCGAUCUGAAGAUUGGCCACUACAUGAAGGUUCCUCCUCGCAUCAUGUUCGCUGCACAGACUCUCGCUACUAUUCUUUCGGCCUUCAUCUGCGUGUCCGUACAAAUUUGGCAAUUCGACCAUAUUCCGGACUUCUGCCAGCAGGGCCAGAAGGACUCUUUCACUUGCCCGGACGUGGAGACGUUCGCAACUGCUUCCAUCAUUUGGGGAGGAAUUGGCCCGCAGAGACUUUUCUCGCGAGGACAAGUCUACAACCCCAUCCUAUACUUCUUCCUCAUCGGUGCCUUCCUACCUAUCCCCUUCUAUCUUCUCGCUCGUCGCUACCCUCUCUCGCUCUGGAGAUACAUCAAUACACCCGUGAUGUUCGCUGGUCUCGGUCAAAUGCCCCCUGCGACUGGUAUCAAUUACUCUUCCUGGGUGAUGGCUGGCGCCUUCUUCCAAUGGUUUAUGCGACGCAUGCACUUCCGUUGGUGGAUGCGCUACAACUACAUCCUUUCCGCAGCGCUGGACUCCGGUCUGGCGUUCAGCCUCAUCUUCAUUUUCUUCUUCCUUCAAUAUAUCAAGGGCGGGGUCAACGUCAACUGGUGGGGGAAUACCGUCUGGGUAAACACUUACGACACUAUCGGCAUGCCGUUCCUCGUCGUAAACGGCACGUUUGGACCGAAAACCUGGGCAUGA